AUGGCGGCCUCAGAAGAGGAGAAGGGCGCCCUCGUCGAGACCGGGCAGGCCAAGUUCGAGAAGGAAACCGACACCGUCGUCGUUGGCGGCUCCAAGAUUGUUGGGCUGACGAAGGAGCAGCUCGAGCAGUACAAGAAUGACCCCUUCUGGAAGCCGUUCCGCUACAUCCUCUUCGGGCUGUUCUGGCUGGCCUGGUUGGCCAUGUUUAUUGGCGCCAUCCUCAUCGUUCUGCUGUCCCCGAAAUGCGCGGCGAAGCAGGAGCCCGAUUGGUGGCAGACCAAGGUUUCCUACCAGUUGCUCACCCCAACUUUCUACGACUCGAACGGCGAUGGCGUCGGCGACUUCCUGGGCAUCAAGGAGAAGCUGGACAACCUGCGCAAGCUCGGCGUCACCACGAUCUACCCGACGCCGGUGAUCACGACGGACAAGGAUGAGCUCUACAGCGAAUACGACGUUAUCGACCACAUGAAGGUAGACCCCCGAUUUGGCUCUGAAGAAGACUUCCAAGCCCUGAGCAACGCCGUGCACGAUCGAGAUAUGUACCUCGUCAUCGACCUACCAAUCUCGUGCGUCUCCGUCAAGCACCCCUGGUUCAAGAACUCGUUGAAAAGCGACUUCUUCGUCUGGGCCAGCCCCAACGAGCCGAGCUUCAAGUCGCCCCGGUUCCUCGACAGCCCGUGGCACAAGCCGAAGAAAUAUCUCACUUGCAACGUGGGCAACGCCAGGAACUCAAAGAAUGCUGUGCUAAACUGGAAGAAUCCAAAGGUACAAGCCUACUUCAAGGAGGUCAUCGAAAAAUAUCUGAAAAUGGGCGUCGAUGGAUUCCACAUUGACCACGUCUCGCUGCUCGCCACGAAGCCCGACGGGUCUUCUGACCAUGACGCCGCGAUUGAAAUCUUGAAGAAACUGGGCGGCGAUGUCGUGUCUUUUGCUGAACAAAGCGAUGCCGUAUCAAAUAAGAAAAUUGUUCUCUUCUCCUCACUGCGCGACGUUGAAGAGCUCCACGUCAAGGCCCAAGAAUCCGGAGCCCUCCACCACGUCAUCGACACCAGCUUCUCGGCCCUCAACUCGAGCUCGUGCUCAGAUGGGGUGGCCCAAUGCGUGCACAAAGCCCUUGAUGAUUCCUAUGCCCGCCACUCCUCCGACAACUUCACCCCCUUCUGGCAGUUCUCCAACCCGCACUCUGCUCGACUGGCCUCCAGGUUUGACCAGGAGACGGCCAACCUCCUCACCUUCGCUCAGCUCACAUUGCCGGGAGCAAUUUCGGUGUAUUAUGGCCAGGAAAUUGGCUUGGAAAAUGUGGCCGGGGCGAGCAACGGCCAGCGUGGUGUCAUGCAGUGGAAACCCAAGGGAGAGGACCAUCACGGAUUUGUUAAUGGAGAAGCUAUCAAGGACAUAUUCUACCCGGAACAAAAAACUGAUAAGGAGGCCGACAACUUCGAGGCGCAGUACAGCAACCCGAACUCGGCGCUGAAAGUUUUCCAAAAGCUCGCAAAGCUGCGCCAACGCGAUGAAGCGCUGAUCCUUGGAGUCACGGUUCGCCAUGCCCUCAUUGGAGACGUCAUCAGCUAUUCGCGUUAUGUGCGUGGCGAAAAUGGAACCGCCACUGGAUCGGCUUACUUGGCCGUCCUCAACUUUGGUAAUACCGAGGCUGAGGUCGACUGCACCAAGCUCGAGGCCGAGGGCAUCAUUCCCACCAAUAAGAAGCUCGACGCGGCUGAGGUUUCUGCCGUGAGUGCCGGCGUCACGGGCUACACACCUCGCCAGAAGCUGGACGCGAGCGCCGAGAAGCUCAAGCUGCCCGCCAAGCAAGCCAUUCUGCUGAAACUU